UGAAAAAGACGGCGGGAAAUCUGAGUUUCGCGGGAGGACCUUCGCGCGUAAACCGCAUCCCUUCAUUCAUUGUCAGCUUCCUGGAGCCAUUUUUCAGCCGCGGCGGUGGCAGGGAGGUCGAAGCGGGGCCCAAUCACUUCUAGCAGCACAAUCCGCCUGCAUCUGCCCCCUCCGGAGCCCGAUCGCCCUCCGAUAAGCUCACCCCGAGAUCGGAGGGGGUCCCUGCUCACUGCAUCGGUGACUAUUUGCAGGCUACGGGGGCCGGGCCCGCACGGAUUCCAAGGGUCGGAAGGAGGGAGGAAGCCGAGUGUGCCCGGGAUCGGAGAGCGGGAGGAGCAGUAUGAGGAAAGGAAUCCUCUCCGGACACGACAAGCUGCUGGUGACCGGCCUGCAGAGCUCGGAGAAGGGAUCCGGGGGGUUCGUGACCGGGGGAGGCUCCACCGCCACUAUGGUGGGAGGAGGAGGAGGGGGAUACCUGCACAUCCUGUCCUCUCCCGGCCCGGUACACGGACUGUGUGUAUCCGAACAGCAACACCAGGCGGCCGCCAGCUUCAUCUACUCUACACCGCAUGGACCCGCCGCCAGAGCCGGCCUACUGCAACCUACAGUGGGGCGCCCUCCGGCUAAGCGGCGGCUGGAACUUGGAGAUGGAAGUCAACAGUAUCUUUCUGAAGGACUAAAAACACCAAAAGGCAAAGGAAGGGCAUCUGUACUUUGUCCAGAUAGUCCAAAAACUCCAAAGUCUCCCUUGGAAAAGACUCGUUAUGACACUUCACUUGGGCUCCUGACAAAGAAAUUCAUUCAGCUACUCAGCCAGUCCUCUGAUGGAGUUGUGGACCUUAACCGAGCUGCAGACGUCCUUAAAGUGCAGAAAAGAAGAAUUUAUGACAUUACAAAUGUAUUAGAAGGCAUUCAUCUCAUAAAAAAGAAAUCAAAAAAUAAUAUCCAAUGGAUGGGCUGCACUUUGCCUGAUGAUGGAAUCAACAUGGUACGGUGUCAAGGACUAUCCAAGGAACUGUCAGAACUUAGCCAGGAAGAGGCUAAACUAGAUGAAUUAAUACAGAGCUGCACACUAGACUUGAAACUUCUAACUGAGGAUUCUGAGAACCAAAGGUUGGCCUAUGUAACCUAUCAAGAUAUAAGGAAAAUUGGUGGCCUUAAGGAUCAAACCGUUAUUGUUGUCAGAGCUCCCCCUGAAACUAGACUUGAAGUGCCUGAUCCUGUCGAGAGUUUACAAAUUCACUUGUCCAGCACCCAAGGAGCAAUUGAAGUGUAUUUAUGCCCUGAAGAAAGUGAAUCCAGUAGUCCGGUGAAGCAAAGCCAUCAGGACCAAAAUGGGAAUAUCUCCAAACCAAACUCCAAAGAUGUACUAUCACCUAAUAUAGAACACUGUACAAUGGAAGCAAUUUCUCCCUUGACCUCUCCAUCAAACCUCCUACAGCAAACAGAAGAUCAAAUACCUUUAAGUCUCGACAACCCGUUUGUGAACUUACUCCCUCCCCUUAUCCAUGAGGAUUAUUUACUAAGCCUUGGAGAAGAGGAGGGCAUCAGUGAUCUGUUUGAUGCCUAUGAGCUAGAAAAACUUCCAUCUCUUGAAGACUUCAUGUGCAGUUGACUCCUAUGAUCCCAAGGCCACGCUUUUGUUCUGUAUGAAUUUCAAAUGGAAUCCUAUCAACUUGUUGGCGUUGCCUACUUGACACCUUAUUUGCCUGUGUCUUUUAAAGAAGGCAUGCAUUUAAUAAGGCAGCAAUUGCUGCAAAAAGUGCAGUUAUUUCAUUCCAUACUACUUGAGGCUAUGCAAAUUUACUGCAUUAGGAUGGUCUGCUGGGAUUGCUAAAGGCACAAAUGAGCAACUUGAAUGGGUUUAGCUUUCUCGGUUUGUUUCCAUUAAUAGUACAUGGCCUGGUGAAGUCAGUCUGUGCCUUCUUGUACUAGUUUACCCCAGUUUUUGUGGAGAAACUCCACAAUAAAUAUGAACUGUCAUUUUUGCAUA